CCCUUUCCUCUCUCGUAUGUCAGGUCUCCCUUUAAUUCGCUGCCACAAUCGGCAAUAGCAAAUUAAUUUGUGGGCUUUUUUUGUGUUCUCGUCCCUUUCCUCUCCUGACCUAUUAAUUAUUUAUCUCUGACUGUCUUUUUUCCUAUAUCUUCUACUCUCCUUUUCUUUUUUCCCUUUCUAUUCAAUGAGCUUGGCGACAUGAGCACAAUGACACCGAGCAAAGACGAACCAAUUUUACCACCUACCGAGGAACAACAACAACAGCAAGUAACAGAAGUAGCAGCAGCAGAAGACGAUCAGGCAUUGUCUACCGUUGCCAUUGCCGUCAUUUGCGUUUGUGUCGUUGUUGGCGUAGCUCUAUUAGUGGGCUUUAUUUUGAUACUACGCCGCAUGCGACGAAGACGUAACGCGCACAAUGCUGGAUUCGUUACGUUUGACGACGCACAAUCAUGGCAAAAAGCAUCCAUGUCCUUUAGUGGCGAGCAUCAGCACCACUAUCACCCGCCACCACCACCAGAAACACACGACCUUGUAUUCAACUCAAUAUUGGAGCACCCCCCACGAGCGCCUGCUUCUUCGCAUCAGACCAGUAGCAAAAACAGCAACUCCUUGUCCACGACAAGCAUGAUGUUUGAAGACGGGUACGAGAAGUCAGAAGAAGACGAUAAGAUUCUCAUGUCGCUGGCUCGACAGAAGGAUUGGACUCAACUGUAUCGCCCAUUAACGCCUUCUCAACUCGAACAACAACAACGUCCGCAUCGCAUUUCAAACAGCUCAUCGUAUCAUGUCUGGUGAAGAACUAUAGUUCUUCUCCGCUGUCAAUCUACCUUCGCCCCCCACCCCUUUGUCCUCUUCUUCAUGUACCAUAGCCCAUCAUCACAUGUUCCAUUUUAACAAUCAUUCCCAGUCCUCUCGCCCUUUCCGUGUAUCCUUUCGAUUACUUCCGCUCUCAUUGUAUAUAACUCUUUCUUUUUGUUCUCUCCCUCGUGCCCCUUGUGUUCCUCGUGUGAUUGAAUAAUCUGUCAAAAACAAACAAACGAACAAUAAGAGUUUCCUUUUUAGCUCCAUUUUCUUUGUUCAAGUGCCGCAUCAUCUUUUUUUUUUUUUUUU